AUGACGAAAAAGAACCAAGGAGAAGCAAGAAUCAAGAAAAAUGCAUUUGUCCAUAAAUUAUAUACAAUGUUGAGUGAUCCAACUCUAGAUAAUUUAAUAUGGUGGAGUCAUAAUAAUCCAGAAAAUAAUACAUUUUCAUUAUACCCAGGUAAAGAAUUUGCAAAUUGUCUAACUAGAUAUUUUAAACAUGGUAAUGUUGCAAGUUUUGUACGACAGUUACAUAUGUAUGGAUUUCAUAAAGUAAGCGAUCCUAAUAAUAAUAAUAAUCACAAUAAUAAUGGAGGUAAUGCUAACGUUUCUAACAAUACAGCUUUACUAAAUAGUAUGAAUCCAAAUUAUAUGGUUCCUAAUUUACAAAAUGGUUAUGAUUACUCAAAUGUACCGAAUUAUGAUAACAAUCAAUAUAAUAAUUUACAUAAUUCAGAUUAUUUGGAAAAAGAAGUACCACCUAUAUGGGAAUUUAAACAUCUGAGUGGUAAAUUCAAAAAGGGUGAUGAAAAUUCUUUAAUUUAUAUAAAAAGAAGGUCAAGUUCAAAUAAUAAUUCAAGAAAUAAUAGUUAUAGUAAUGAAAAUAGUAAUAAGAAUCAUAGAAAUAAUAGUGCUCCAUCAUCAUCAUCUUCAUCAUCAGGGUUUCAGCAGCAACAACAACCACAUUUAAGUGCAGAAUAUCCACAAUAUCCACAAUAUCCUCCUUUUCAUAAUGAACAAAUACCGCAUCAUCUACAACAUCCACAAUAUGAUCCUCAACAAUUUUUUCAUGGUCAACCUCAGCAGCAAAUACUACCACAACAACAACCUUAUCCUCCACAAUAUCAACUACAAGGAGCUCCACCACAAAUGUACUAUAGUCAACAAGAUAAUCAAUUUCGUCCACCUGUUCAAAACCAACCUCCUCCUGUUUUUCAAUAUGGAUUUGAAAACAAUCAACCAUCCCAAAUUGUUUAUCCUCAACCACCACAAACUUUUGUUCAAAACCCAGUACAGAAUCAACAACCACAACAAUUUUAUCAACAUCAAGGUGGAGCUUUAUCAACUGGUUCAAUUCCACAUCCUCCUAAUCAACCUCAACAAAUUGUACAAAAUGUAGUACCUGAUCAAAGAAUUAAAACACCAGUCAAUUAUACACCAAAUUUACAAUUUAGAAAAGUUUGGGAUGAUCAUGGUUCAAGACAGAGAAAUCCUUCAUUAUUAUUUGAUCCUUUAGCUCCAAUACCUCAACCACCAUCAUCAACAACAACCACAAUUCCAUCAAGUUCAACACCUCCAACUAUUUUGAAUCUACCUCUGAAGUCAAAUCCAUCAAUUGCAACUAGCCUUGUAAAUAAAUCAAAAGAUUUUGAUUCAUCAUCAUCUCCUUCAUCUUCAUUAUCAAGACAAUCAUCAAAUGUACAAAGACCAAGUAACAUUAGUUUAAAUUCAACUUCAACUUCUCAAUCAACUGUAUUACAAUCUCCUGCUCAAGAAUUUGAUUCAAGAAAAACUUCAAUUGUUACACCUAUAGUUGCACCUAUACCUCAUUAUAAGAAAAGUAUAUCAUCAACUACAUCAUCCAAUGACAUUAAUCCAGCACCUUCAGCCUCACCAACUACUAAAAUUGUAAAUGAUAAUAGUGCUACACAUUCAACUUCAUUGCCUCCAGUAUCUGCAUUUCAAUCACAACAUUCUAAUACGUCAUCACAAACCCAAGAUCAACAGCAACAAAGACCACAACCUAUAACUCGUCCGUCAUUUUCCAAAAAACCAUCAAUACUAUCUUCAUCGUUACAAGAAAGAUUAAGACCAUCAGUUUUUGAAUUGCACGCAGCACAAAAAGGAGGAGGUACAUCAUCAACUAGAAAUAAUAGUGGUAGUGGUGGUUUUUUCCAUUCUAAUUCAAUAACAAAUGGAGGUAAUAGUGGAUCAGGUUCAAUUGGCUCUCAUUCAUCAUCUUCAAUAUUUUCUAAUAAAUCAUCAAUAUCAUCCAUGCAUUCUUUUCAACGUACUUCUUCAUUUGGUUCCAUAAUAUAUAAUAAUAAAAGUUCAAUAUCAGUUGCACCUCAUGAAAUGAUUGAAGAUGCUAGAUCUGGUACUCCACAAUCUCCAAUGUCAAUACUGCAUUUACAAAAUCAACAACCUCAAUCAAUUACAACUACAUCGAAUCAAAGUCAACAACAACAAAGUUAUUUUUCAUCUUCUUUUCAACAACCACAAUUAUCUCAACCACCAAUUAAUAGAUCUAAAUCAUCAAGACCUACAACACCAAUUCAAAAUCGAUCUAGUUCACCAUUAUCAAAAUCAAUUUUUGAACCAUCAACCACUUCAAAUUCAGCGUCAACUACAAAACCAAAUAAAAAAGUAUCUGUUACAUCUCUACUAGAUGAUUCAAUUCAAAAAGAUAAUCAUUCAUUAUCUAGAUCAUCAUCUCCAAAAUCAGUGUUAACUAAUUCAAUAUCAAAUGUUGUUGUUGCUAAUACAAAAGAUGGUAAAUCAAUAAAUCAUCAACCAUUAUAUUUAUCGCUGGUUAUUACAGAAGAAGAUAAAAAUGGAUCAUCAUCAAGAUCAGGAAGUGAAGAUGAUAUAAAGAGAAGAAAAGUUGUUUAA